GCCCACUCACUAAAUAACCCAAAAAGCCAUUUUUUAUCAAUCCAAAACAUUUUUUAUAUAAAUUAUUUUUUUAAAAUAAAACGAAAUAUAAAGAGAUAAACACAUAAAUGCACCCUCACAAUCACACGUCUUCCCACCCAAAAAAAAAGCAGAAUCCCAAGCUGCGAUUUUUUAAGCUUUUUUGAUUACUAAAUCCAAUUUGAAGCUCCGUAUUUUGCCGGCGAAACAAUCGUUAAUGGAGGCCAACGAGUUUGGGCUUUAUCACGAUUCUGUUAUUUGAAGUGCAAUUUCAAUUUCAUUCAAAAAGUAAUCGAUUACAAGAUCAUGGAGAUUUAUCGUGAGAAAGCCCGUGUUUUGUCUCCCCAUUGAUUUUCACAUUUGUCAAUUUUGUAUGCAAGAUCAUUUUGUAGUUGAAGGCAUAAAAAUGUUGGAUUUGUUGAAACCCAUGGAGCCUCCAGUGAAAAGAAGAGCUGGUCUGUGGGUUGUACAAGCAGGGCGAGGGUCAUAUCGAGGAAGUUAGCAGAUUGGUUUUCUUGAGUUUGUUGGGUUUAUUUCUUGUACUAGAAUAUUUUUUACCUUGUCAUAUAAUUAAUCAUGGGGACUAGUUUCCUGCGAACAAUCCUCCAACGCCUCUGCUGUGAUUCUCCGUGGGAUUAUACGGUUUUUUGGAAGCUUAAGCAUCAACAUGAAAUGGUAUUGGUGUGGGAAGAUGGCUUCUAUGACCCUAUGAAGCUAAGAGAUCCCUUAUUGGGCCCGGCAGAAGGUCCGUUUUAUGAAAGCCCGAACAAGAUAUUGCCCUCUGCUUUCCCUUCAACUGCCCUUGAUGGAAUACCUUGCGAAAAUCUAAUUGGUCGUGCUAUAGCUGAAAUGUCAAGUGCUUCACAUGUGGUGGGAAAAGGGCUUGUUGGAAAAACGGCAUUCACGGGGAAUGCUAGAUGGAUAUAUUCAGACAACAUAGUAUCUAAUGUCUUCAAUUCUAUUUUAAUUCCUGAGUGUCAGGAUGAAUGGCCGCUUCAGUUUGCAGCUGGAAUUAAGACUGUAUUACUUUUGCCUGUAAUGCCACAUGGAGUUCUGCAGCUUGGAUCAGUAGCAAUGGUGGCUGAAGAUGCAGCUUUAGCUGCUUAUGUAAAAACCAACUUUGAGGCCCACAUGAUGGAAGCCUCUCUGUACGGCUCCGAAUAUUCGGUUCAUCAGAUAUCAACAAUGUUUAAUUUUCCAGAUAAUUUGGAUCAAGCUUCAGCUAUCACCUCAGGAAAAGUAAAAUUAAUAGAGGAUCAAAAUACAACUCGUGUUGUUCAAGACUUCCGUUAUUUAUGCCCGCGUUUUGUUGCCCAUUCUCUCGAAACUUGGUCUAAAGUUGACUUCAAUGCUGAUAGUUCAUCAAACAAGUCGAGCAUUACUUCAUCCAAUGUGUCAUUAUCGGAAAAUUUGGCUUCUUCUGGAAAGCACGACAUAUCCACUAAAACCCCCGGAGUAGGAGAAUGUAAUGUUCGUUUUGAAUCGUUUGAAUCUGGAAUUAAUGCUGCCAAGAUUAGUGCAGUUUCUGAUAAGCAACGAAAGAGGAAAGGAUUCGACUCGGUAAACCCUGGAAAAUUAUCGGUUACCAAAAAGAAAAGGAUUCAAGAACGGCUGAAGGAGCUUAGGGACCUUGUGCCAAAUAGUGAAAAUUGUAGCAUUGAUGGACUCCUUGAUAAAACCGUAAAGCACAUGCUCUUCUUAAGGAACGUAACCAAGGGGACUCAUAAAUCGAGGCAUCACAAAACGGAAGUUGAUGAAAUGACAAAAAAACCAGCCAAAUUCAACCGGGCACGCGAGAAGGGAACUAGCUGGGCUGUCGAAUUAGGAAGUGAGCCACAAUCGCGCCCCGUUUUUGUGAAAGAUCUCAAUCAUCCCAGACAAAUGCUUAUACAUAUGGCUUGUGCCGAUCAUGAUCGCUUUCUGGAGAUUGCCGAUGUACUUCAUCAUUUGCAAUUAACUAUCCUCGAGUGCAAUAUGGAAGAAAGCUCGGAAAGUUCUUCGUGGGCCCGCUUUGUUGUCGAGACGAACGGAAACUUCCACCGGCUGGACAUAUUUUGGGCGCUCAUGAAGCUGGUGCAAGAAAACGGGCCGCCAAAUAAUGCCAAAAUUGUUGGGUCUUCCAUUUGA